AUAUUAUACAGUAAUACAUGUGCUGUAAGAACUUAAUAUAUAAUACAGUUUACCUAUGUGACUUUAUUCUCUCAGAAAUUACAAAAUUUUAAGCAGUUCAACUCACACCGUCUUCAGACUGUCACCAUAUUGAAACCUGAAAGGCCAAGCAAUGCACAGCUAUAUACUUAAUUAUCUAAUAAUACAAGGAAUGUGCUCUAUCAUACUCUUUCUUUAUGGUUUCUUUCCAAUGAAGAAAUAUGAUGGAACAGUAGCAACAGUGGGUAGUUUGCCUGAAACAGUAGCCAAUAUUAGAGUCAAUGUUGAUGAGCUCUACAAACCUUCUGUUGGAAGAGUUGUUAUUAUGGUCAUUGAUGCUCUUCGCUGGGACUUUGUUGAAGGUGCAGAAGGGCAAUUGAAUAUGCCAUAUACAGCAUCAUUAGUUGCUGGGAAGAAGGCAUGUUUGCUGACUGGAAAAGCCAGACCACCAACAGUGACAAUGCCUAGAAUUAAAGCAAUGACAACUGGUACUAUACCCAGCUUUGUAGAUGUUGCUCUGAACUUGGGCAGCAGUAAGAUCUUGGAAGAUAAUUUAUUGCUUCAAGCAGUACAGCAUGACAUGAAGUUAAUUUUCUAUGGAGAUGAAACAUGGUUAAAACUGUUUCCUGAUGUGUUCACCAGAAGUGAAGGAACAACAUCAUUUUAUGUUACUGAUUUCACAGAGGUGGAUGACAAUGUGACCAGGCACUUGGCUGCUGAGUUGAAUACUGAGGAUUGGAGGCUGAUGAUUCUCCAUUAUCUGGGGCUGGAUCACAUUGGACAUGUUGAAGGCCCAUACAGUCCACUUGUAAGACCCAAGCUACAACAGAUGGAUCAUAUAGUGAAGAGGAUUCAUCACAGUUUCUUAACAUGGGACAAACAUUUUAGUGUUCCAUCAGUACUGGUGGUGUGUGGAGACCAUGGUAUGAAGAAUUCAGGGAGCCAUGGUGGAGCCUCUCUAGAAGAGGUUUUGGUUCCACUGAUUGUUAUUAGUAACAUUUGUUCAGAAGAAAUGACCAGUGGCCUGCUGGGAGAUGUACUUACAGGGUCUGUGUUACAGAUAGAUUUAGUUCCCACACUUUCUAUGUUGUUGGGUUUACCAGUUCCAGCAACCAGUAUUGGUAAAAUUAUACCAGCACUUCUGCACAGUAUACCAGUUCCACAGCAACUGUAUGCCCUGCAUUACAACUGUAAGCAAGUGGCUACUCAGUUUGAAAACAACAUUGCUAAUAGUGCUGCACAUGCAAGUUACUUACAAUAUACAGAGGCUGUGAAGCUCCAUGCCAGCUGGUUGACCUCAUCUAACUCAUCCAAGUUUGGUCUAGAUGAGAGAAUAGCAAAAUUAUAUAUGUCGGCUCUCACUGGUAUGAGUUCAGAGCUGGCUGACUCUCUUAUAAGAUUUGAUGUGCCCUCAUUGGUCAUAGCAUCUGGGAUCUUGUGGCAGAUAGUCCUGAUACUUGCAAUGGAAAGGAUGCCACAUGCUGUUCCUGUGAUGUUAACAUUUUUUAUGAACUUACUGUUUUUAAGUUUGAGUGUUCUCUGGUGCUCAUGCAGUCAAAGCACUAGUGUUCUCUGCAGUUAUUCUCUCACAACAGUGCCAGUCAUACUGAGUGUGAUUAUUUUUGUUUCUGUUAAUAUGUCUCUUUUUCUGAAAGGUACAUUGCGCAGCAUAAAAUUUUCCCAGAUACUUCGCCCGGAUCAAGGCCAAGCUGUGUUUGUGUUGGGCACGAUAUUGCAUUGUGUCAGCCUUUUAUCCAGCAGUUUCAUAGAAGAGGAGCACCAAGUGUGGUACUUCUUAUGGCUCACAUUUGCAGUUACUAUUCUGUUUGAGCUGUGCUCUGCUCUGUUCUCCAAGCAAUCAUCAGUUCCUGUUAUGAAGACACAUACAUCUGAUGAGAAGCAUAAGCUUGAUUGGGUUCUGUGGUGUUGGCUGGGACUGCUUUUCCUUCAUCGCAUCCUUAGAAAAUGGAAUCAGACAGGUGACAAGUGGGCAUCUUUGCCAGAUGUUGGAGACUGGCUUGUGCAGCAGGAACACAGAGCCCACCUGUCAGUUGUGUUGCUAUUUGGACUUAUAGCAGUAUGUUGUUGCUGUUUGUACAUCCGUGCACAGUAUCAAGGAAAAUACAUUUGGCUGAUAGAAGGAGCAUUGUACAUAACUGCUGUGGUGUGUGUCUACUGCUACCGUAGUGCCAUAGGAAAUGUUGACACUCCAUAUGCCUAUCCUCACAGCAGGGGUGUGAAGGAAGUUAACAUUUUCUGGGUCAUCUUAACACUGUUGCUAACAAAGGGCAUUGGUGAGACACUGUAUGAAAUGAAAGUGCAGCGUUAUAGUUCAUUAUGCAUAUUUGGAUGUCUGCUGAGCACAUUAACAUGUUGCUGGUUGCUCAUCUGUGCUCUUCUGCAUCGCUCACACAAUGUCAUUCUGAUUGUUGCACAGGUUUUCAUGAGCAAAUGUGUGGGAACAAUCUAUGCUUGUUACAGGAGCCACACUGCAAACAUGUGGUGGCUAGUUAUCGCCCAUGUUUGGAUUGGUACCGUUGUCUAUUUUUAUCAGGGUAAUUCCAACAGCUUGGCCAGCAUAGACAUUGCAUCUGGCUAUGUGGGUCAAAUUGAAUACAACCCCAUUGUUGUUGGAAUUUUACUAAUCAUCAACACAUAUUCUGCACCUGUUCUGUCCUAUCUACUCCUUGUGAUAAAUCUUAUCUCCCAGAGUCAAGAAGAAGGCACUGAUAGGUUCUGGGAACAGUUGUACAGUGUACACCAUUGCCUGGCUGUUCUGCGUCAGCUUCCUGUCGCUGUGUAUGUUGUACUGAUGACAGUUCUUCGUUAUCAUCUGUUUGUGUGGACUGUUUUCUCUCCUAAGUUACUGUAUGAGGCCAUGCACACUUUGGUGAUUUCAUUGUUGAUGCUACUUACAAAUUGCCUUGCCUCAGCUGUUGUAAAGGAUAUUAAAGUGGAAAUGAGAUCUUGAGAGAGGAAUAUUUGUAUUCUUCAAAAGUGAAGGUCAAUGAAAUUAUGCCUUAACUAAGCAGGUUCUUGCUGUUGGACAGAAAUUAAAUUUUAGUUUGUAUCAACAAAAUCUUUGUAUACCCUAAAUGUUGCCAAUUUACCAGCGGGGCUUGAUUUGCUACAUCAUACAAAUGUGCUUCAGCACUGUUGAUGUUGACUUCUUAGUUGUGACACCAUAUGGACUUGCAGGCAGGUACCAUUGUUUUGGAGAAGCAUAUGUCUCUAUCUUCAGUUGAUUGAUACUGUGGCUCUUUGGCAUGCUGUUUAGUAACAAUGAACUUAUGUAUGUGUCCUACAUCAAUUAAUCACAUGCAUCUGUAGCAAACUGUGAAAAGUAGUGGUUUAUGAAAUGUUUCUUACCAGCUAUUUGACCCAUAGUAAGCAGCUCAUGUUUGCCCAAUAAUAUUAUUCACUUCUUCCCUAUGAGUGGGUCUUAAAAAAGAAGUGGGGGGUUCGCUGUGCAUUAUAUGAUUACUCGCAUGUUUUCAGUGACAGCUUUCAAUAAAGUAGCCAGCAGACUGCAAAGAACAUGAAUACAAUUGCAUUAAAUAUUUUAUGAAGUGCAUUGAGGAAAGUGUCUGUGUAGUAAUGGUAUUAAAUUAUUUAUUUUUAUAAUAUGUAACAUUGUACCACAACAUAAUUAUUAUUUUCAUUACAUGAUUGUAAAUCUGUGAGAAUCGCACUGGCUGAGUGGUAAGUUUAUUCCUCUUACUUCAUUGGAGGCACUGAUUGGACUGAUAUUUGUGACUGAAUACAUAUGCAAGAAAUAAACAGUUUCACACUACUUUCACUAUAACCUUUUGCCCAGUAAAGGCAAGUGUAAUUUAUAAGUAGCUCAUUAAAUGAACCAGCGCUCAUCAGUUUCUGAUGAAGAUCAGUUGCCAGAUAGCCAACCUGACCAGCAGAUUUUGGCAUACCAUAUGAUACAGCUGUGGCAGCCUUUUGUGCUGUCUUCUGAGUUGUAGUGCCAUGUAGUCUGGUAGAAGUUUACGAAUGUUUCAGAGGUCAUUGGUUAACUUCUACCAGACUGCACAGUGCUACAACCCAGAAGACAGCCAUCUUCAUACUUACUGCAAUGACAAACUCAAGCUUUUGUAAUAUUGUGCUCUGACACAUACAUAAUCAUUAAUUUUUUACUUGAUAAUAAUUGUCAGUGUUGUAAUGAAUAGACCAAUAAAGGUACAGUGAUCUGGAA